AUGGCCUCUGGAGGCUGCAGACCCGAGACCCACCCCCGGAGCAGGAGCCUGGACUUGAGCGGAAUCCGGCAGGAGCAGCCCCUGUGGCUCGUGAAGGUGCCCAAAUACCUGUCGCAGCAGUGGGCUGGCGCUUCCGGGAGCGGGGAGGUGGGGAAGCUGCAGGUGGUCCAGAACCAGCACAGCCAGAGUCGGUCUUCACUUUGA